UCCGAUGACUUCCGCUUUCAUUUCAAGAUGGCUGCUCCCACAUGUAAACAUGCGAUGUGUCUCCGGGUUGGCAUGCUGGAAUUAUAAGUUCGUUUUAGAAAGGUGCUUGUUUAUACCAUAUGCGGUAGAAGGAAAAGUUAUAUUUAAGUUUAAAUAUUUAAGGUCGUAGAGUCUGUUUCUAAAUUCAUAACUUGUAGUCAAUAGCUCGUGGUACCAACACCGUUUUCCAUCAUGCCUACCCAUACGUUGUUCGUCAAACAUUUGCCCAAUUCGGCGUCAAAUGAACGUCUUACAGAGAUCUUUUCCGAGAUCGGACCUGUAAAGCAUUGCUUCGUUGUCAACGAAAAGGGGACUAAAAAAUGUCGGGGAUUUGGAUAUGUCACGUUCGCCAUGGAGGACGAUGCACUACAAGCAGUGAAAGAAGUCAAAAGUUACGACGGGACAAGGAUAUCUGUGUCAGUUGCAAAGAAGAAGAUACAUGAAAAAAGGAGGCCAGUUCCCAAAGGGCCACCUCCGAAAGAGGGGGAAGAGAAAGAGGGACCCCCAAAAGAGACGCAGAAGAAACCCCUGAAAAUAGAACCCCCAAAAGAGACCCCAAGAAAAGCCCAGAAAGAGCGACCAGCGAAACCCCUGGCAGAGGCACCCCCAAAACAGGGACCCCCAAAAGAGCAACCACAGAAAUGCGGGAAAGAGGAAUCCCUGAAAGAGGGAACCCCGAAACAGCAACAACCGAAAGAGGAACCCCCCAAAGCUCAACCUCCAAAGGAAGAUGAGCCCACAUUUAAAGGCAUUCGAAAAAGUGCACUGAAAUCCAAACUCAUCAUCAGAAAUAUCAGCUUUAAGUGCUCCGAAGAUGAUCUGAAGCAGACUUUUUCCGCGUUUGGGGAAGUUCUCGAAACCAAAAUCCCUCUGAAACCUGAUGGAAAGAUGCGUGGUUUUGGAUUUGUCCUGUUCAAAAAUAUGUCGGGAGCAGGGAAAGCCCUCAAAGCUAUGAACAUGAAGGAGAUAAAAGGGCGUCCAGUAGCCGUGGACUGGGCCAUACCGAAGGAUAAGUUCCUCGCCACCCAACCAGAAGUUCCUAAGAAAAAGGAAGAUCCGGUGAAAGACGAACCGGAGAGCGCCUCUGAGGACGAGGGCGGAACGGAGAAGCAAGCGGCGCCCAAGAAAGGAGCCCUCUCCAAAAAGGCUGCAAAGCAGCUGAAGGAGGCCUCUUCAGACGAUGAAGAGGAUAGUGACAAUGGAGAAGAGAGUGAGGAGGAGGAGGAGGAGGAUGAGGAGGAUGGCGGGUCUCAAGAGAGUGGAGAUGAGGAUGAUGACAACAGUAGCUUCGAUAGUGACGAGGAGGAUUAUGAUGAUGAUGAUGAAGAUGAUGAUGACAGCGAUGAUGAUCUAGAUCGUACACCGAGGAAACCCCUCCCUUCAGAUGUGAAUGAGGGCAGAACGAUCUUCAUCAGGAACCUCUCCUUCGACACUGAGGAGGAGGCUCUGGAGGAGGCGCUCCUGCGUUUCGGGGAACUGAACUACAUCAAGAUAGUUCUUCACCCAGACACGGACCAUUCCAAAGGUUGUGCAUUUGCCCAGUUUAAACGUAAAGAAUCUGCGGAAAAGUGCAUUGCAAUGACCCAAGAUGAUGCAGAGAAUGGCGGCGUCCGCAUCGACGGCCGGAGGCUGAUCGUCGCAACGGCGGUGACCCGGGAGAGCGCAACCCAACUCAAAGACAAGAAGGUGAAGGUGGAGACCGGAGCCAGGAACCUCUACCUGGCCAGAGAAGGAUUAAUUCGUGCUGGAACCAAGGCUGCAGAGGGAGUGCCUGAAGCAGACAUGGUCAAACGAACCCGGUUUGAGGAGGUUAAGAGAACCAAGCUCCGAGACAUUAAUGUGUACGUGUCGAAGACUCGACUCUGUGUCCAUAACCUACCCAAGUCGGUGGACAAUACAAAACUGAAGGACAUCUGUUUUCAAGCUUUAAGCAGAGCAAGAGGAGUUCGCAUCACCGAGUGCAGGGUGAUGUACGACAGGAAGCCAGAGAAGGGCAAGGCCACGGGCCAGUCUCUAGGAUACGGCUUUGUCGAGUUCCAGCACCCAGACCACGCUCUCAGCACCAUCCGCCACCUCAACAACAACCCGGACAUCUUCGGCCCCACCAAGAGACCUAUCGUCGAAUUUUCCCUGGAGGACGGAAGGAAACUGAAAUUAAAGGAAGCAAGACAACUUAAAAACAAGGAACACUUCAAAAAUCGUAAAGGUGGAGUGAAGAUUGAGUUCAAAUCAAAACCAGGAAGUGGAGAGCAGAUUCAGCCCAAACCGGGAGCGGCAGUGAAGAUUCAGCCCAAACCGGGAGCGGCAGUGAAGAUUCAGCCCAAACCGGGAGCAGCAGUGACGAUUCAGCCAAAGCCUGGAUGUGCAGUAAAGUUUCAGCCACAACCGGGAGCUGCAGUGAAGAGUCAACCCCAACCUGGUGAUGCAGUGAAGGUUCAACCCCAACCUGGUGAUGCAGUGAAGGUUCAACCCCAACCUGGUGAUGCAGUGAAGGUUCAACCCCAACCUGGUGAUGCAGUGAAGGUUCAACCAAAGACUGGAUGUGUGGUGAAGUUUAAGACGGAACCUGGAGUUGCAGCUAGCCUGCCGCCGGCGGGCCAGAGCAACACAGUGCAAGCCAAACGGAAAAUGGAUGCUCCUGAAGCCAAGCACUUCUCUGGAUUCCUGACCAAGCCGGAGGUGGAAUACGUAGAACUGGAGGACGGAAAGAAGAAGCGGAAGACUCUGCCCUUCCCGUCACACAGGGGGCCUAAGAUCAGGCUGCGUGAUAAAGGUAAACAGCAGGCUCCUCCAAAGAAACCUAAAGGUCACACCAGUAGGAAGGACCGCCAGGCUCCUUCGAUGGUACAGAAACCCCCACAGUCCAGGCCACAGGAUGAGUUGGAUGACACUGCACAGGUCUGGAACACACACACCAUCAGGCCAUCGAAAAACCUUAACCUCCCCAGCGGUCGGCCCAACGCGAUGUUUGCAUUACCUGAACUCGAUGGGACAAGAGACUUCCUUUCCCAAAUUGAAGAUGGUGAUUUUCUUCAAUUGUGCCAAAAUGAAUGUAUCAUUCACCAGACCGAACCGUUUGAUCCAGAUCUAUAUGAACUAUGCAACAUCCUUAUGGCUGAUUCCAAUCCCACUCUAGCAACAGAUCAAUAUCAGGCAGUGAAUUUGUACAUGCACCUCAGAGAGGCCAUCAGGGCAUGAGUGUAGGUCAGACGUGUUUAGUUGUGUCGAGCUUCGAAGUGGCAGGAUUUUUUGGUCACAUAAGUAAUUCACCUUGCUGUCCUUUUCCUUUAUAAGUUUCCUUUAAAGUCAUAGCUCAACAUCUCUAGCUUUUGGCAAAUGUUAUAUUCCUUUAAACGAUAGUUUAGAAACACAGAAAUGAGGGGGGGCUUUAUAGUCAAAGCCUGUAAAAAGUGUAAAUCAAAUGUGAAUCAAUUUCAGAACUUUACUAUAACAAAUGUAUCACUUUUUUCAGUUAGAAUUGUAUUUAAUAAAAAAGGUAACUGGCUUCAGUAAUUAAAUGUGAACACUUAUUCUGAGUCUUUCAUGAUAGAAUAUCAUUGGAUUUCAAAUGUUGGGAACAAAAAAAUUGAUGCAUCUAUCGAACUCUGAACUUCUGAUGGCCAAUCAGUACAAACAUUGACAUGUUUCCGACAGAAAAGCAUUUAGAAAUUAUCUGUGCAUUUACAACCUGUAGUUUCAAAUACUGAGAGAGGGGUUAAAAAACGACAACACACGCUAUUCAUGUUUUUGUUGAGACUGGAACUUAUUUAUUACUGUAACUAUAUUGCUAUCCCGUGUGUGGAACUCUGAAUAAACAAAAAAUCGCAGAACAAGUUUGGUGCUGUUUCCUGAUAUUUUCAGGCCAUAUUUUUCACUGGCCACAUUAGCUUGAUGAAAAACGUAAAAAUAAA